UAAAUACACAACACUUGUUUCCCACAUUCAUCUACCAAUUAUUCAACCUUGUUUGUUCCCAUUAUUGUCACAUUGCCCUAGCUACCAUGGUUAUGAAUAAUCAAUUGCAUUAUAUUCCAUUUGCAUUGUUUCUUUGCUUGGGAUUGUUGAGUUUUCAAGCUACAUCUCGAACUCUCCAAAAUGACCCUAUGUAUGAAAUGCAUGAGCAAUGGAUGGUACAACAUGGCAAAGUCUAUAAGGCUGCACAUGAAAAGCAAAAACGUUUUGGAAUAUUCAAAGAAAAUGUGAAUUACAUUGAAGCUUUCAACAAUGUUGGAAAUAAAUCUUAUAAAUUAGGACUUAACCAUUUUGCUGAUCUUACCAACCAUGAGUUUAUAGCAGCUAGAAACAAAUUCAAUGGAUAUUUGCAUGGCUCAAUCAUAACUACUUUCAAGUACAAAAAUGUGAGUGAUGUUCCAUCUGCAGUGGAUUGGAGGCAGGAAGGAGCAGUGACACCUGUGAAAAAUCAAGGCCAAUGUGGAUGUUGUUGGGCGUUUUCUGCGGUUGCAUCAACCGAAGGAAUUCAUAAGUUGACCACAGGAAAUUUGGUCUCUUUAUCAGAACAAGAACUUGUUGAUUGUGACACAAAUGGUGAAGACCAAGGUUGUGAGGGUGGUCUUAUGGAUGAUGCUUUUGAAUUCAUCAUCCAAAAUAAUGGACUUAGCACUGAAGCUGAAUACCCUUAUCAAGGUGUUGAUGGAACAUGCAAUAAAACUGAAGUAGGCAGCUCUGCUGCAACCAUUUCCGGGUACGAGAAUGUCCCCGUAAAUGAUGAGCAGGCAUUGCAAAAAGCCGUAGCUAAUCAACCGGUUUCGGUGGCCAUUGAUGCUAGUGGCUCUGACUUCCAAUUUUACAAAAGUGGUGUAUUUACUGGUUCAUGUGGAACUGAGUUGGAUCAUGGUGUAGCUGUUGUAGGUUAUGGUGUUGGUGAAGAUGAGACUGAGUAUUGGUUGGUGAAGAAUUCAUGGGGAACUCAAUGGGGUGAAGAAGGGUACAUUAGGAUGCAAAGGGGUGUGGAUGCUUCAGAAGGACUAUGUGGCAUUGCAAUGCAACCAUCUUAUCCAACUGCAUAAUUAUAAGAUUUAGACAACAUUAUUCUUAUGUAUAGUUCUGUUGUAUUGUAUUUAUGUAUCGUCUACCUGAAUAUUUGUACUUGUCAAUUGCUAUCUAUGAAACACGAAAACUGAUACGAACACA